AUGCAUGGACCUUGUCUGAACUCAACAGCAGGAAGUCUUUCUGUGUCCUCAAUUUCUGGCUCCUCAGCUGAGGCUUCCCUGGCCUCUGAGCUCUCCGAGUCUCUUAGUGCCUUGCUCUCCAAGUUCCCUAGAGUCUUGCUCUCUGUGUCCCCUGCAACUCUGAACCCUGAACCCUUUGAGUCCUCUGAUGCCAUAACCUCUGAGCCCUUGCCUCCAGUAGCUCCAUCUCCUGAGCCACCAGGGGCUCCGCCUCCUGUGGCUCUGCCCUCUGAGCCUCCACCUCCUGUGGCUCCACACCCUGAAACUAAAUCUUUGGCUCUGCCCUCUGAGCCUCCACCUCCUGCGGCUUCACCUCCUGAGUCUCCGUCUUGUGCGACUCCGUCCACUCCACCUCCUGAACCACAUACUGCUCCAUCCCCUGUGGCUCCACCUCCUGAGACUCCACCGGACCCUGCCCCCUUUCUGGAGCCACUACUCAAAUUCGCUGGAUCUUGCUCCCUUCCUGAAGCCACGUCUCAGGCCUCCGGACCCCGCUCCCUUCCUAGUGCCACCUCCCUGGCCUCUGAACCCCGCUCCCUUCCUGAAGCCACUCCCCUGGUCACCAGCUCCGCCCUGGUCCCCUGGUCUACGCCUGUCUCUGGGCCCUCCACCAUGAACUAUGUUUUGUUUAUUUAUGUGUUUAGGGGCUUCAGGAGCCGCUCCUUAGUUGGGGGGCUCUGUAACACUUGGGACAUUUGCCCUAGCGGCCACUAG